CACCUCUGCUUCCCCUCCCCCUAGUCCCCCUUCGGGGGCUCCAGGUCAGGCGGGACCAUGUUCAGCAGCACCGGUUCCAGUGGGCUUUAUAAGGCACCUCUAUCUAAGAGUCUUUUGCUGGUCCCCAGUGCCCUGUCUCUUUUGCUGACCCUUCUCCUGCCUCACUGCCAGAGGUUCUUCCUGUAUGACCUCCAAGCAGUCAAGGAUGACUUUCAGAUUUGGAGGCUGAUAUGUGGAAGAAUAAUUUGUCUUGAUUUGAAAGAUACUUUCUGCAGUAGUCUGCUUAUUUAUAAUUUUAGGAUAUUUGAAAGAAGAUACGGAAGCAGAAAAUUUGCAUCCUUUUUGCUGGGCUCCUGGGUUUUGUCAGCCUUGGUUGACUUUGUCCUUGUGGAAGCUAUGUGGUAUUCCUUUGGUAUCACUGCAUCCAGGAAUUUGCCUUCUGGAUUCCUGGCACCUGUGUUUGCUCUGUUUGUACCAUUUUACUGCUCCAUACCGAGAGUCCAAGUGGCACAUAUUCUGGGCCCGUUGUCCAUCACAAACAAGACAUUGAUUUAUAUAUUGGGACUGCAGCUUUUCACCUCUGGUUCCUACAUCUGGAUUGUAGCCAUAAGUGGACUUAUUUCUGGUAUCUGCUACAACAGCAAAAUAUUGAAAGUUCAUCAGGUGCUGUACAUCCCUAGCUGGAUGGCAAGGUUCUUUUCUUGGACACUUGAGCCCAUCUUCUCAUCAUCAGAACCCACCACCGAAGCCAGAGUCGGGAUGGGGGCCACAGUAGACAUCCAGAGGCAGCAAAGAAUGGAGCUGCUCGAUCGGCAGCUGAUGCUUUCACAGUUUGCACAAGCGAGGCGACAAAGACAGCAGCAGGGAGGGAUGAUCAACUGGAAUCGUCUUUUCCCUCCGUUACGCCAGCGACAAAAUAUAAACUAUCAGGAUGGUCGGCGAUCUGAACAACAAGCAUCCCCUCCUCUAGAGGUUUCUGAGGAACAGGUUGCCCGGCUCAUGGAGAUGGGAUUUUCCAGAGGUGAUGCUUUGGAAGCCCUGAGAGCUUCAAAUAAUGACCUUAAUGUGGCUACCAACUUCCUGUUGCAGCACUGACGGUCCCGCAGACAACACUGGGACUGGCGAGCCACUGACCACAGUGGGCUCCGUCCUGCUACAGCAUCAGCGCGAGGACCCUGCGCUCCGGCUGAUGUUCUCCAUGGCUCUUGGGCAAAGGGUGGAUCCCACUGCUCCCUCCCUAAUUCCAAGAUCGUUACUGUUUAAGUAUCGAAAAUAAGUUUCGAUACUCUAAAAUAAGUUUGCCAGUCAAUUAGCAUGUAUUUUCUAUCUUUAUUUUUUUAUUGGGUGUUUUUCUUAGUUUGGAGACUCAUCACUCAUUCCUAAUGUGUUUAAAAUGCAUUAAAAUUGCAGCUAUCUGCAAGCAGUUGAAUAGCACUCCAGAUGGGGGAUUACUGCUAUUGUGAUAUUAUUAUUUUUAUUAUAAUGCAUCAUCCUACAUUAUAUCUCGUCAUAAAUGCAGUAAAAGGAGGAGGGGAAAUGCUAUUCAGAAAGGACGUGUCAGGUUAUCCCUUACGGCCUUUUUUCAUCGCUAUUUUUUUUCUCAAAUUUGUUUUCAAACCCCAGUGGCUGUCCAUUGGCCACACUUCCUAGGGGGUGAGCAGUACCUGUCUGCUGCCCACAGUACAGGCCAGGCCCAGGUGAUGAGGGAGAAACAGAACUGAUUCCUACACUGUUCCAGCCCAUUCCUGUCCAGGGAAUUUUUCCCAACUCCUCCCCACUUCCAUUAAAAAGUAAUGAUAGUCAAUUACCGAUUCUAGGUUCUGGAAUACUCCAUGAAACUUAUCUGGAGUUAACUUUGCUUAGAGUAUCCAUAAUUAUCCACCCAGGCUGGGGUAGAAAUGGCAUAAAGAGAAAACAAAGAGAAGAGGGGCAGGCUGGAGCAAUAUGGGCAGGUUCUCCUGGCCCAGGGGUUGACUGCGAUCUGGGCACGAGGCAGAGUCGACUGCAGAGGAUGCCGUCACGGAGACAGGUGGGGAAGGCCGAGGUGGGUGAGCCUAAAAAGAUCUAAAGCAGGUGACUCAAGAUUUAAGGAAAUUGUACAGCAAUUGUGUUGUGCAAAAUAAGCAGAAAUGUAUCAAAUUGAUGUAAAUUUGGACAUGUAUAAUACUUACAAUAAAGUUUUUAAUGUGCAUAAUUUUUUGGUAUUUUUUAUUAGACUUAACUAAAUAAAACUUUGUUCUAGGCUGUA